CAACACUGAACUCUUCUGCUCUACAGAAAUACAGGAAAUAAAGAAGCUCAUGAGUCAUGGCCCAAAUUUCCCGUGAUCUUCUUGCUCGAGCGCAGUCGCCAGCGCGCGUUAUCGCCUUACUACCGAGAGAAGUAGGGGCAGUGAUAGUUUCGAAAGGGAAGGGUAGUGAAGAACAAUCGAAAGAGUUGCAGUAGACAAGGUCAUGGUUUCACUCCUCAACGCUCGAUAUCUGACUCCACCAUUGUUGUCGAGCUCACCCAUUCCUUCCAAUACCCCACAAUGGAACCCUCUUUUCUUCUCUGUUUUAUCCUUCAGCCAAAAAGCUCCCAGAGCCACCACCAAUGGCGGAAACGGAGCUCCCGAACCCCCAAAGCGUGCUAAAAAAACUCGUAAGAAGGCUUCGUCGUCAGCAUCCGUGAAGAAAAAGCGCGCUUCCAUGGAAAAGGAUUCAACUUUGGAAGAAUCCAAAGUCGCUGAUGCCCAAACUGAAGCAAAAGCGACGGGGGCUGAGGAGGAGGAAGAGGCUUUCGACGAUGAAAUAGACUUCCCUUACGAGUCUCCGCCUCUGGUUUGCUGUUUCGGUGCGGCGCAGAGGGAGUUUGUGCCGACCGUUAGGGUAUCCGAGCGGCGAAUGCAUCCGGACCAAUACUCGUCGUGGAAGGGCUUGCAAUGGAAUCCGCCGGAGUUCGUAAGGGCUCCUGGCGGAUCGCCGUCGAAUGUCGCCAUCUCCCACGUUCGACUGGGCGGUCGCGCAGCCUUCAUGGGGAAAGUUGGGGAUGAUGAUUUCGGAAACGAUCUCGUCUACAAGAUGAACAUGGAGAAAGUCCAGACUCGAGCAGUGAAGAUCGAUCCAGCUGUCAGUACUGCGUCUUCGUAUAUGCGGAUAGGGUUCCGAGAUGAUGGCAAACGCAGGAGGAUGGUGGCGGAUACAGUAAAGGCUUGUGCAGAGGAUUCCUUCUUGAGUUCUGAGAUUGACGUUGCUGUCCUAAAAGAGGCUAGGAUACUUCAUUUCAAUUCACAGGUUCUUUUAUCUCCUACAAUGCAACCUGCUCUGUUUAGAGCGAUUAAAUGGUCGAAGAAGUUCGAUAGCAGAAUAUUCUUUGAUCUAAACCUGCCACUUCCCCUUUGGAAUUCUCGCGAUGAGACCAAGGAACUGAUCAAGAGAGCAUGGGACGAGUCUGAUCUUAUUGAAGUAUCAAGGCAGGAAUUAGAAUUUCUCUUGGAUGAAGAGUACUAUGAGAAGAAGAAAAACUACAGGCCCCAAUACUAUUCAGAGUCAUAUGAGCAGACCAGAAAGAUUCGUGAUUAUUACCAUUACACUCCUGAGGAGAUUGCUCCCAUUUGGCAUGACAGAAUAAAGAUCUUAUUUGUCACUGAUGGAACACUUCGUAUCCAUUACUAUACUCCAAAGUUCAAUGGGGCAGUUGUUGGGACGGAGGAUGUGCUCAUUACUCCUUUCACCUGCGACCGCACUGGCUCUGGUGAUGCUGUUGUUGCUGCAGUUAUGAGAAAGCUCACAAUACAUCCAGAGAUGUACGAGGAUCAGGACAUUUUGGAACGGCAACUCAGAUUUGCUGUUGCUGCAGGUAUCAUUUCACAGUGGACUAUUGGAGCCGUUAGAGGCUUUCCAACUGAAAGUGCUACACAAAAUCUGAAAGAGCAGGUGUAUGUGCCUUCGAUGUGGUAGACAACUAUGAAAUGUGAAUCCAGGAUUCCAGAUGCAGUUGAAGUUUAGCAAACUGUGGCUUUGUUUGGGACGGUUUUUUUAUUCCUUCUUAAAGUUAUUUUUUAGUAUAAAAAUUAAAAUUUUUUACUAGAAAGCUGUUUUAAAAAACAAUAAGAAAACCGUUCCAAACAAAACUUAUGUCUUGUUUCUUAUAGGUCUUACUUGCCAGAGACCUUGAAAUGCUUUAUGGACAUGAAGGGCUGGCUACUGAUUUUUCCCUGGAAGAAGGACUAAUGUAGGACUAACUAUGCAACGGAUUGAAUCUUCAUAUACGGCUCACUCUUUGCAAAUUCUGGGCUUUGGAUGUUUGUAAUCACCAUGUUAUUCACUACUGUAUUCUGAGGUAGGUACUUGUGCGCACCAUUUUAAUGAAAGUUGGUAAAAAGCUUUCCAUUAACUAUAUUUGUUUCCU